CAGCUCCACGGUUCAGAAGCGGCAUCUACCUGAUUACAAGGUUAAAAAUGAAGACGCUGAACGCAGCUGCAAUGAUUCGCCUCUUCAUCAUCCUCAUCCUCACUGUACACACGACUCUGGGAAUCGAAAUGGGUCACUAUGAAAAUUCCAUUGAUGAUGCUUUUGUGGGUUGCAACAAAGAAAUGUAUGAGCAUGUUGUUAUAACUUUACUGGAGAGGGAACUGGGACUGAAUAAGGACUUCAAAACGGCCUGGGACGAAGCCAAAGAAAGCCUUAAAAAAAAAGACAAAUUAAAUCCCAGCCUACAGGAGAUGGCCCUUUGCGCAUACACCACAAAGCACAUUUACAGAGACCUUAAUAAUAAAAUGCGUGAGGGUAAAGACCACUACACCACGGAUUUUGGACUGAUCUCUUUACAUUUUCUGAUAACGGAUGCCAUACAAGCACGUAAUCCUCAGGCCACGUGCCGAACCACUUACCGUCGCACAACAGUUCCCAUUACCAUUAAAGGGGAGCGUGUGCGUUUUGGUGCUUUUACAUCUUCAACAUGCAACCCAUACAGCCCGAAGUUCAUGAGUUAUGGAAAAGAGACAUGUUUUGUCAUCUCAACAUGUCAUGGUGCCCCUAUAUCUGACCUAUCAGUCGUUCCAGAUGAGGAUGAAAUACUGAUACCACCUUACGAAGAGUUUGAAAGUGAAAAGCUUAAAACUUUACCUGAGCUUAGUGAUUGUAACGUUGUUUACAAACUGACGAGCAAAGGCAUGAAGAGCAACAUGAAGUGUGAAUAUGUGAAUCAGCACAAAAAAGGAAAAAGUCCUGGUUAACUGACUGAUGAUUUAUGUUAUGAAUCAAAUGCUAUAUAUAAUUAUGUGAAAAGUGUGGACACACCACUUACAAUGAACGGUGUAAUUCUUGUUCUGAGUUUUUCUUCACUAUCAUGUGCAGCACC